AUGGAAAAUUUAGAGCAAUGCAUCAAUAUUAUAAAGGAGGCGGCUGAAAAGAAUGUGGAUGUAAUAGUAUUCCCAGAAAAAGCAAUUACAAUACAUGAUUCCGUUGAGAUACCUAUCAGUGGUACAUUGACGGAAUUUCCAGUGCCAGCUGACAAUGAAGAUUUAUAUAAUAAGGUACUCGUAGACCUAUCAACAGCUGCAAAGACAUAUGAAAUGUAUGUUGUUGUGAAUCUACGUGAACGAGUAAACUGCACAACACCUAACGAAAACAGAAAAUGUCCAGGAAAACAAGUUUACUUAUUCAACACCAACGUCGUGUUCGAUAGAAAAGGAGCUGUUAUUAUGAGGGCUAGCAAAUAUCACCUAUUCUUCGAACCAGAAUUCACAGAAGAAAUUUAUCCGAAUGUAUCAAAAUUCUCGACAGACUUUAACGUUACGUUUGGCGCUGUUAUAAGUUUUGACCUAUUAUUCACAAUACCCACAGGAGAACUGGUAACUCAAAUGCAACUAAAAAAUAUCAUAAUGACUUCAAACUGGUGCCCGGAACCACCAUUUUUAGGAAGUAUUCAAACCCAGAAUGCUUUUCAAUUUGGCUAUAAUGUUAAUUUUCUGGUCGCUGGCAGGAAUGAUUGGGCAAAUGGAAAUUCAGGUUCCGGAAUUUAUAGCGGCAAAGCUGGAGCGUUAGUCAGUAUAAUAAAGAACAUUACUAAUUAUCGCCUCUUAGUCGCUGAGGUCCCUAAAACACCUGGAAAGGUUGGUUCUAAUACUAACUUAUAUUACUAUAAUACCGAUACAAUAAACUUCUUUUCUUAUACGGACUCGGCACAGUAA